AUGAGCAUCCCAGCAUCUUUCAAAGCCGCUGUGGUCCCCGAACCCCAUGCGCAGCACAACAUCGUGGACCGGUCGCUCCAGCCUCUCCAGCCGACCCACGUGGCGAUCAAGAUCACCGCCACCGCCAUAAACCCAGUUGACUGGAAGAUUCGUGACUACAAUGUCUUCAUCAAGGAAUACCCAGCCGUCCUAGGCUCCGACGCCGCAGGAGAAGUUGUUGCCGUCGGAUCCGACGUGACCACACACCAGGUCGGCGACCGUGUUUUCUUCCAAGGAAUCAUCGGCAACUAUGACGCCUCAACCUUCCAGCAAUACUGCACCAUGCCCGCGGAGCUAGUUUCCCAGACUCCCUCCAGCGUCACUGAUGAUCAAGCCGCGGGAAUAAGUCUCGCAACCGUUGCCGUGGUCACCGGAUUUUAUGACCAGACUGGCCAUGGCAUCACACCCCCAUGGGCGCCGAACGGCAGCUCCGCCGGCAAGGGCCAGGCGAUCGCAAUUAUUGGCGGUUCCUCCAGCGUGGGUCAGUACGCUAUCCAGCUUGCACGUCUGUCAGGAUUCGAACGCAUCAUCACCAAUGCUAGUGCGGCGCACCAUGAGUUUUUGAAGGGUCUCGGCGCACACGUUGUGCUGGAUCGGAAGACUGCGACCGCGGAGGAGUUCAAGGCUGCAAGUGGUGAUUUGCCACUGCGCUAUGUGUUCGAUGCCAUUUCUAGCCCGGAGACACAGAAAUUCGGAGUGGAGAUCGCCGAGGCUAGCCAAGUCGCUCAGAAGGUAAUUGUGGUGCAAAAUGCGAACGAGGAUGCGAAGAAUUUGGGAGAUUCCAAGUCACCCAAGGUCGAGGUUAAGAUGAUUCUGGGUCUGGGAAGUCUUCCCGCUUUGAGACAUUUGGCUGAGCCCAUGGUUCAGGCUCUUGGUGGUGAGAAUGGAUGGAUCGCUAAGGGAUUGUUUGUCCCCAACCGGGUGAGAGUUAUUGAUGGUGGUAUCGGGGCUGUGGAGGCGGCAUUAAAAUUGAACAAGGAUGGUGUCUCUGGUGAGAAGGUCGUCUUUCGCCCGAAUGCUUAA